AUGGUGGAACGUCUACAUCGCCAAAUCAAAGCAGCAAUACGGUGUCACGAGAGUCCUCAUUGGGUAGAUACCCUCCCCACCGUGCUUUUUGGAAUUCGUUCAGCGUGGAAAGACGAUCUUAACGCCACAUCUGCCGAUAUCGUAUUUGGAGAGCCACUUCGAUUACCAGGAGAAUUUCUCGCUCCUGCUCCGAACAAUGGCCUACCGGCAGUAACGAUUGCCGACAGACUCAGAAACCACUUCGCUGAGCUCGCUCCAGUUCCCGGCACACGACACGGUCAACGUAAGGUAUUCGUAUUUAAAGAACUCACCUCAUGUUCGCACGUUUUUGUUCGUUUAGAUGCUGCUCAUCAUGUAUGUACGCUACCGUACGAAGGACCACAUCGUGUCAUAUCGCGACACGAGAAGCAUUUUGUCGUCUGGAUCAAUGGUCAAGAAACUGUCGUAUCCAUUGACCGUCUGAAGCCAGUAUUUUCCAUUGCCGAAGACGAAGCAGCCGACGCUGACUUACCGGAUGACGACAACGAUUCAGAUGACACUCUAUUACCGUCGUCAGAACAAUCGACCCCUGGUACGACACCAGAUGCCUCACCGCAACCUGGACCAUCUAGACGCAGAUCAUCAUCUUGGGCUCCAUCGAGUGACGCAAGAUCAUCUUUGGACUCAACUCCUCGACCAGUACGAAAACGCGUCAGGUUCAGUCAAUAA